AGCCACACUGACGCAUCUGUUAUUGUAUAGUUUAUUUUUUCUUCUUCUUUUAAAGUCGGACUGAAGCUGGUCUGUGGAGGAGAAGAGUUAUUUUUUAUAUAUAUAUUUUUUUGCCGCAUUCAACAGUGUUUUCAGAGCAGAGAGAGCCUCUCCUCCCCCUCUCUCUCCCUCCCCAGUUUGGAGAGAACAGGCAAAGAAGGAGGGGGGGCAAAGUCAGUGAACUGAUCACGAUCCAAAACCUCGGCUGGUUUUUGUCAUCAUGGAGCUUUUACCUCGCAGCUGGAUACGCUGUGGACAAAACUGAAACAAGAGGAUUUGCUUUAUUUUCUGGGAAGAAAAAAAAAGAAGAAAUCUCUCCUCUUUCUGUGUGUGUGUGUGUGUUUGUGUGUGUUUGUGUGUGUUUGUGUGUGUGUGUGUGUGUGUGUGGAUUGAUUCUGCCCCGUCUCCUCUCAGCAUUCCCUCAGUCAGUCGACGGAUUUUUUUUACUGUUUUUUUUUUUUCUCUUGGCCAUUACAGCUCAGCAGAGGGUGUCAGAUCUUUCUCAGACCGAAGGAUGAACGCAGCCUCCGAGAUCCAUUUAUUGUGAUUUCUCGUGCAAGGAAAAAAGAUCUCUUUUUUUCCUUCUUCUUCUUGUUCUUUUCUCAAUUUCAAAGAGGCGAAACGGCGCAAACAGACGCGGAAGGAGGAGGAGGGGGGAGGAUAUGCGGGUGUUUUGGAUUGCCUGUGAAGCCCCCCAGCAGCAGCAGCAGCACCAGGGGAGAGGGGACAGCUCCCGACGCCGCAGCGCCACGCACGACUCCCGAAGACGGCAGCCGCUCUGUCCCCCCCCUCUAAACCUCACCAAGACAGCUUCGCGGCUCGCAUGUCUUGAACGCGGGGAAUGAAUUGCUUGUUGCGAGAGGGACCCUGAAAGAAAAUGCUGCUCUGGAUCGUCCUGCUGAAUGCGGCUCUUUGUGUUGCCAGCGGAAAUGUUACGAGGGACGUGUGCAAGGAGCGGGUCUGCUCGUGCGGGGACGUGGAGGGCGACCUGCACAUCGACUGUGAGAAGAGGGGCUUCAGCACGCUGCGGCAACUCGCGGGUCCCAGCUCGCAGUUCUACCACCUUCUCCUGCACGGCAAUUCGCUCUCCAGGCUCUUCCCCAAUGAGUUUGCCAACUUCUACAAUGCKGUGAGCCUGCACCUGGAGAACAACGGCCUGCACGACAUCGUGCCCGGAGCCUUCCUGGGACUGCAGCUGGUCAAACGGCUGCACAUCAACAACAACAAGAUCAGGUCAUUUAAGAAGAGCACGUUCCUGGGCUUAGAUGAUCUGGAGUACCUCCAAGCAGACUUUAACCUGCUGAGGGACAUAGACCCGGUCGUGUUCAGGGACCUGAACAAGCUGGAGGUGUUGAUACUGAACGACAACCUUAUCAGCGCUCUGCCCCUCAAUGUGUUCCAGCACGUGCCCAUCACGCACCUCGACCUGAGGGGGAACCGGAUCAAAACGCUGCCUUAUGAGGGGAUACUGGAGCAAAUACCGGGCAUAGCGGAGGUCUUGCUGGAGGACAACCCGUGGGACUGUAACUGUGAGCUGGUGUCACUGAAAGAAUGGCUGGAGAAUAUACCGCGCAAUGCACUCAUCGGCAGGGUGGUCUGCGAGGCCCCCACCCGGCUGCAGGGCAGCGACCUGAAUGAGACGUCAGAGGCGGAGCUGUGCCCCUCACAGAGUGGGGGCCUUGACACCAGUCUGGUGGCCCCUCCCACACAGGAGGAGACCGCUCAGAAGGGCCAGCCUCGCCCCACGCCUUUCAGAGACGCCCCCACACCUCGUGGCCCCAAAAGCCACUCCAAGUCUCGUGAGAACUGGCAGCUGAAAACAAAGCCCACUCCAGUGGUGACGGGCGUGAACGGCGAUGGGGAGCAGCUGCACAACCUGACGUGCCCCCAGCCAUGCAGUUGCAAGCUGGUGGGCUCCAGGCAGGGGCUGGGGGUCAACUGUGAGGGCAAAAAGAUGGAGAGCCUGGCCGGUCUCAAACCCAAACCUCUGUCUGCCCACGAGCUCAACAUGAGGGACAACAACAUCCACGCGGUGAAGAAAAACCAGCUGCUGGGCUAUGGCAGCCUCAACCUGCUGGAUCUGGGGGGGAACAACAUCAAGGUGAUCGACAAUGGCACAUUCCAGAACCAGAGCGAGCUCAGAUGGCUCUACUUGGAUAAGAACUACCUGGAUACUCUGGUGGCUGAGAUGUUUGUGGGCCUGGUGAAUCUGGAAUACCUCAGUUUGGAAUACAACGACAUCCAGCUGGUGGUGGCAGGAGCUUUCAGCCCCAUGCCCAACCUGAGGGUUCUGUUUCUCAACAACAACCUGCUCAAGUCUUUACCCACGGAUGCUUUUCUUGGGAUUUCUUUGUCCAAAAUCAGCCUGCAUAAUAAUUAUUUCCCCUACCUGCCAGUGGCUGGRGUGUUGGACCAGCUCAGCUCAAUCAUCCAGAUUGACCUGCACGGGAACCCGUGGGAUUGCUCGUGCAACAUCGUGCCCUUCAAGCAGUGGACGGAGAAGCUGGGGGCCGACGUGAUCGUUAGCGACCUCAAGUGCGAGACUCCCGAGGAGUUCUGGAAGCGGGACUUCCGCCACGUCCGGAACGACCUCAUGUGCUCCAGGCUGUAUGAGCAUGCACCUCCGACCUCGCCGUCCAAGAACGCCACGUUCGCCCAGGACUCGGGCGGCACGCGUUCGAACUCCUACCUGGAGCCCAACCGGGUGUCCAUCUCCGUGCUCGUCCCAGGCCUGCUGCUGGUCUUCGUCACGUCGGCCUUCACGGUGGUGGGGAUGCUCGUGUUCAUCCUGCGCAACCGGAAGCGCUCCAAGCGGAGGGAGGGGAACUCCUCUGCGUCGGAGAUCAACUCCUUGCAGACAGUGUGCGACUCGUCCUACUGGCACAGUGGGCCCUAUCACGCUGAUGGGGGUGCGCACAGAGGCUUCGACUGCAGCACGCACCUCUCAGUCACAAAUGAUGCGUGAAAACAGACCCCCAUCCCCCAAAACACUGGAUUACAAACUCAAACUGAAGUGUGAACACAAACUUAUUUAAAGCCUCCAAUCUGUAAUAUAUCUCCACCCUCCCUUCCUUCCUCCAGCCUCCUCCUUUCUGCCGCAGUCGAGAUCUCUGAGACAGAAUAUAUUAAAAAGAAAGGAGGAGAACCAAGAGACUGAGUGUGUGCGUGUGUGUGUGUGUGCGUGUGAGAACAAUCAGGGGAAUGGUGCACGAACGCAUGAAUGUACAUGUAAAUACUCUGGACUGAUGUAUCAUAAAAAAUGCAUGAUGAUGAUGAUAAUCCGCAUGGUUUCAGACACACAUGACGGCGAGGAACCAUAACCACCAACAAAGAGGCAAACUUUUCAUGUUCUAUCAAUAUGACCACAAUAUAUAUAUAUAUAGAUAUUAAGAAUUAUAUAUACAAAAAGUGCCAUUUCUCUAUUUUUUGUGAACCUGCGGUUAGGAUUUGUAUUUGUUGUUUUGAAAGGGGUUUAAAAAAUAAUCAAAUUGACUGGAGCGGAAGUGAAGCUGUCAGUGCAUGUUUCCUUUCUUUUCUUUCUUUUUUUUAAUUUACGUUGGGUUUUGUCAAUUAUUAUUAAUGCGGUUAUUUAUACUUAGGUGGUUGCAGAUUUGAAACCUACAUCUCCGAGAGUCAUCAUCUCCUUUAUGAAUGUACAAAACAACAAAAAAGAGGAAAACAAAAAACAAAACCUGUUGUUCUUUUUAAAUGGUGUGCCAAUUGUUGACUUUUUUAUUUUUAUUUUUUUUUCCAGACAUGGCAGAUGAGCAUGACCGGUUUCCGGCACUCAGAUGCUUCUGCUGCAAAAGUUCAUGUAGCUACAACAACAGUCCAGUGGGUUUUUUCUUGCGUGUCGAUGAACAUAGCCUGCUUUUAGUGAGAGGAGGAAAAAAUAAAUUAUAUAUAUAUAUAUAAUGGAAAGUGAGAUUUUUCAAAAAUAGGAUGGUAAAACCUUUGAUUUUGCUGUUGUAGAUAGCUUUUAAAAGCAGGGCCAUAAUU